GACAGAAACUGAAAGAAGCCAAUCGUAUAUAGCUGUGGUUGAAUCGACCCAAAGCCAAGAAGAAAUUGGACGUAUUUAGGGAAUAUUUUGGAAAUAGGAGACGGAGAUGGGGAUUCAAGGAGAAUUCAUACAAAAUAUCAGGUGACAUAUCAAAGACUAAGGAUGAAAGGCAAAGUCUACCUCGGCGGAAUUUGAACUCAGAACGUAACAACAAACGAAAUACCAAUUUUUUUACUACCCACAAGGGGCUAAACAUUUCUCCAUCAGGCCCAUCAUCAAUAUUGAAUUAUCUUUCAAAGACUAAGGGAAUAUGCCUUACAGAAUAGAUCCAACAUUGUUUUCAUAAAGGUAUGGUGAACUACUGAGGUGGACAGUGACAUUUCUCUACUUCACUGCCUGGAUUGUGUGCAACAUGAAUUUGUAAAUAAAUUUGAAGAAAUUUACAAAGUAAUUAGCAGUUGGAAUUUAAUUUGGAAUUUAAUUACUAAAUGCUAAUUACUAAAGAAGUUUACAAAGAUUGCAGUUGAUGGAAAAUGUAAAUGUAGGAAAUAUUUGUAACAAACAUAUAAGCAUUUCGUCCGGCAAAACGAGAAAUAUUUGUGUAAAUUGUGAAAGAAGGAAGAUAAAGGUAAAUUAAUUAAGGUGAAGAACUUUGAAAGGGUUGAUUUUAUUAGAAAAGAUGCUGAAAGUGGUAAAGAACUCGCCAUUUCUGUGCGAUAUUUGUAAUAAGACAUUCACUCAUCAAGGGAACUUGACUGUCCAUAAACGUAUCCAUGCAACGCAGAAACCCUUUCACUGUGAAAUCUGUGGCAGGAUGUUCGCUCAGAAAGGGGACUUAGCCACUCACAGACGUACACAUACAGGAGAGAAACCAUAUCGUUGCGAUAUAUGUGGUAAGUCCUUCUCUGUGAAUGGUGCUUUAACUAGACACAAACGUAUUCACACUGGAGACAAACCAUUUCAUUGCGACACCUGUGGUAAAUCGUUUCCUGAAUCUGGCCAGUUGGCUAGACACAAGCGUACUCAUACAGGAGAGAAGCCAUAUCGUUGUAAUAUCUGUGGCGCUUCGUUCUCUCGAAACCAUCACGUAAAGAUUCAUGAAUCUAUCCAUACAGGAGAGAAACCAUAUCGCUGUGAAAUCUGUGGUAAAUCCUUCUCCGAGGCCCCUAAACUCGUUCUUCACAAACGGAUUCAUACGGGGGAGAAGCCAUACCAGUGCGAUAUCUGUGGGGAGUCAUUCGCUCAGAAGCAUUACGUGGCGUCGCACAAAUACGUUCAUUCGGGAGAAAAACUAAAUCAUUGCGAAAUUUGUGGUAAAUCGUUUGCCCAGAAGCAGUACUUAAAGAACCACCUGCGCGUUCAUACAGGUAAGAAACCUUUCCGUUGUGAAAUCUGCGGAAGAUCUUUUGCUCGGAGUUGUAACGUGAACAAACACAAACGCAUUCAUACAGGAGAGAAACCGUAUCGCUGUGAUGUCUGUGGGAGAUCAUUCUCUGAAAGUGGCAACCUUACUAUUCACAAGCGCAUUCAUAUGCGAGAGAAACCAUAUUAUUGAGGUGCUUGAGGAGACCCACCACGCCAAGCAAAAUCACAGUUGUGGCAGAUACCAGUGUCACACAAAUGGCACUCAAAAGCACCCAUUACACUCAGAGUGGUUGGCGUUCGGAAGAGCAUCCAGACUGGAUCCUGGCACAAUUU